AGUUGUGGUUAUUUUCCCUGCGGAGGCAGCACGAGCUGCGUUACAUACUCAGCCAAGAUGGCGGGCGCGGCUAUGAAGAGGUGUGUUUCUCCUCUGCUUUUCGUCAGCAGACGGCUGUCUGCGCCAGAGAUAAAGUUUCCGUGUCCCUACCACAAGAAGGUGGUGGACCACUACGAGAACCCCAGGAACGUCGGCUCUUUGGACAAGAAUGCUAAGAACGUGGGGACCGGGUUGGUGGGCGCUCCGGCGUGCGGGGAUGUGAUGAAACUCCAAAUCGAGGUCGACGACGAGGGCAAGAUUGUUGAUGCCAAGUUCAAGACGUUCGGCUGUGGCUCCGCAAUUGCCUCCAGCUCCCUGGCAACCGAAUGGGUUAAGGGGAAGUCUAUUGACGAAGCUCUGAAAAUAAAGAACACAGAAAUUGCCAAGGAACUGAGUCUUCCUCCAGUCAAGCUUCAUUGUUCUAUGCUGGCAGAGGAUGCGAUCAAAGCAGCGCUGGCCGAUUACAGGCUGAAGCAGAAGAAGGACGAGGAGGCUGUGAAAGUCAGCAACUAAAGAGAUGACACACCUCCGCCCCUAUUCCUCACACCCCGAACCACGGUCCUCCCUCAUUAGCUCAGCCGUCAGAGGCGGACACCAUGUGGUUCCCCCUCCCAAUCUUUCCAGUUGUUAACGCACAAUUUAAAAUCGCUCAUGAGGUGAUUGGUAUUUUAAAGCCUUAUUGUCAGGCAUAAAAGCUGUAGCAGUCUGUGCACGUGUGUAUGAGUGUGUGGAUUUAUUGUGUUUCUUUUCUGAAAGAUGAAGCUUGAGAGAGUUGGAAAUGACAGAUGGCUUCCUGUGCUGUGUACCCAUCCCAUGAGCAGUUCUAGAGCUCAAAUUGCAUUUCCUCUCUAGCUGUAAUACAAGAGACAAGAAAUGCAGCUUGCAGUUUGAACUUCUACUUGGCAUUGUAACAUUUUGGACAGAGUACCACGUUGUGAUGAUUGUGUUAAAAUAGUAAUAAAGCAUCUAAAAUGA